GUGAAAGUCAUGUGGGAGAGUUGUAGUUCAGUAUUGGGAGUUGUAGUUUUUACUUCUGUAAUCAACACCACAAUCUCCCCAUAGUGAAAAAGACAUCAAUUCACAAAAGAAAUGUAAAGAAAGAAACAUACAGAAAAAUAUAAGAAUACAUACAUACUCAAUAAGUACAAGAAAACUGCACAAACAUCAGUAACACACUUCAUAAAUUGCAGUAUUCAAGACUCAAACUGGUUUUAUAUACAACUUCAACUAUAACAUAACACUCAUAUCAAAAUCCACAUUUAAACCUUUGGGAUGUAAAGUGUCCAGCGUAUGAAUCCAGUACAAUUCCCUUUGACAUAACACUUUAUCAAUGUUGCCACCUCUAGGUAAUUUAAUCUGUUCAAUUCCCUGGAAACGUAAAGAAGAAACUGCAUGAGCAUACUCAGGCUACGUUUACAUGGAAACUAUCUGAAGAGAAAACGCAAAAGUGGCGUUGCGUUAUCACUUUUUAUUUCGCGUUUAUACGAGGGUUUUGGGGGUGGAAAUCUGCGUGCACACGGUGACGCAAAAGUGUGUGAUAUUCUAUGUAGUGUGCACUCCAGACGGCUAGGUGGCAAUGUGAAGCACUGACACACAACAACACCAAGUCUGCGCGCCUGCGUACAAACUUCUUACUACUAGCGCGAAACACAACAUGGCGAAGCGAACAGCAAAAGCUGACAAUUUUGUCUGGACAGACGAAGAGGUGGAGUUAUUGCUGCAAACAACCUUAAAUUACAAAACAACAAAGGCACAUCAGGGCGUGGACUGGGAGUCCUGCCAGGCAAAAUAUACAGACAUAUGGACCGAAUUUCUUCAGCAGUAUCCUAUACCUGGAGGGACAUCAUAUCCACACGAGAAAGACGCUAUUAGUAAAAGUCAGAUAACGUCAAAGCUGAAAGCCAUCCGGAUCAAGUAUAGGCAGGCUGUGGAUACCCAACGGCGGAGUGGCCAUGGGCGAGUAAUCACUCUAUAUUUUGAUUUAUGUAACGAAAUAUGGGGUGGGUCGCCAGCAACCACAGCAAUAGAGGCCGGUGUUGAAACAUCAGAGGUGAACGAAACCGUGGACACUAGUAGUGAGUCAAACGCGAGCAUUACAUCGUCUGACCUGCCGAACACAGAAGAAUCAAUUGUCAGCCCCCAUACCUCAGCCCAGAAGCGGAGAAAUCUACUUCAGGCAAGGCUUGAUGGCCAUAAAGGUGAAAGGCUCCAGAAGAAACUUCGGGUGGAUCCAGUGCAGACUGACCUCGACAUAAAGAGAAGAUUGUAG